UGCUCUCAUAGAAUAAAUACGACUUCUCUGAGUUCUCCCCGUCUCUGUCUCUCUGUCUCUCUCUCUCUCUCUCUCUCUCUCUCUCUCUCUCUCUGUGCGUCCCUCUGCGUUUCUUCCUCGUCUCGGCCACUGAAAGAUUCGCAGAAUUUCAGGAAUGGCGUUCGGCUCGGUCUACCGGUGCUUGCAGGAAUUGUUUCCACAGCUGGACGCUCGUAUAUUGAAGGCUGUCGCAAUUGAAAACUCUAAGGAUGUACAUAAAGCUGUUGAAGUUGUCCUUAUGGAGAUUCUUCCUUCUAUGACUGAAGAAGCAAAACCUCCUUCUUCACCUCAGGGAAGUUUGGGUACACCCAGUCAUUUAGACGAAGAAGUUCAAGAGGAGGACGAAGGCUUAUUAUUGAGGCGUCAUCGAACUGUUGAGAAAGCAAGUGCCAGUAAAUUAAAAUUUUCUGUGAGUGCUGAUGGUUCUGCUAGCAGUUCUACAGCCAGUGACCCAGCACAUCCAGCGCUUGUUAAUGAGGCUGCUUUCUGGGAUGCUAAGGAUUCAAUUGAUCAAUCACAGGAAGCUUCUGAUCAUGAAGUGAUAGCUGCAACCAAAACAGCUGAAGAAAUAAGAGCCGCCCCUAUGGAUCAAAUUUCCCAUGCACAGCUAGUUGCUCUGCACCAUUUUAACGUAGCUAAAGUUCCUGAUGAGUUAAAUGGGACUGCUGAAAGUGAAGAGCUGAUUUUGCUGGGAUUGAUGAACAAGCCUCCCUCAAGUACCACGAAGACUUCAUGUGUUGCGCCAUCUGUCAUACACGAUGCAAGUGAUACUGAAGCUGGUGAAGGUAGUGCUGAUGGGGAAGGCACCAAAGGACCUCAGGCUCACUCUGCUGAUGGCGAUAACAAAGAUGAAGUUUUAUUUCCUGAAAGUUUAAUUUGCCAAUUGGAACCACUAUCAGUUCAAAAGCAUGCCCCAGAGGCUGAUAGCACAAAGGACGUUUCUGCUGAAUAUCUCAAUGAUAUUAAUAUGACGUUAGAAGCGAAUUAUGCCACAGCGGUUGGGCAGGACUCGGGCCAUGAGGCAAUGAAAAUGACACGAUCUGCCCAAAUUGGCGAGGUUGAUCUCCUGGACCAAAUCAUUGAGGAUGCUAAGAAUAACAAGCUUUUUUGGUUGCUGCAGAAAACUCUCUUCUCAGCCAUGGAAUCAGUUAUCAACACCAUGAAGGAAGUCGAAGAACAGGAGAGAGCUGCUGAACAAGCUAGAGAAGAAGCUGCUCGAAGGAGCUCAGAUAUCAGCAGAAGGGUUGAAGAACUCAAGAGGAUGAUACAGAGUGCAAAAGAAGCAAAUGAUAUGCAUGCUGGGGAAAUUUACGGAGAGAGGGCCAUCUUAGCUACUGAAGUAAGAGAGCUUCAAUCCCGCCUGCUGAGCUUGUCUGAUGAGAGGGAUAGGUCUCUCGCAAUUCUUGAUGAGAUGCGAAGGGUACUUGAAGUCCGACUCACUGCUGCAGAAUGGGUGAUUGAAGCUGCUGAACGUGAAGAGUGUGCAAAGGUAGAACCUGCCUAUAGUGCUUUGAAGGAACAAGAAGCCCUUACGGAGAAGGUGGUUCAUGAGUCGAAAGUGUUGCAAGAAGAGGCAGAAGAGAACUCUAAGUUACGGGAAUUCCUCAUAAAUCGUGGCCGCGUAGUGGAUCAAUUACAAGGCGAGAUUGCAGUUAUAUGUCAGGACGUGAAGCUGCUGAAGGAGAGAUUCGACUCGGGUGUUGCUCUCAGCAAGUCUAUUUCCUAUGGGCAGACAAGUUGCAUCUUAGCAUCUUCGAGCUUGUCCAUCAAUAGCAGUGCAUCCUCAGAUCGAAUUCCUGAUGAUAGAGAGACCUGCAAAGCUCCAAAUAAUGGUAGCCUGGAAUCGUCAAUUGAUGGUUCAUCUCCACGAAAGGAAUCAGAAGACAAGAACAUUGCUGGGGCAGAGCAAAAGGAGCUGUCGGAUGAAGGGUGGGAGCUCUGUGAGAAUUGAUGGAAGUUGAUUGCAAGCAAUGAAAUGAAAGACGGGAAUUUGUUAAUAAGCGUUCACGGUUCGGUUUGGUAGAGUACGAAUUGGCAUUUUGUACAGAGAAUGGAUCGAGAAUAAUUGACUGAGUCUUGCGUUAUGUUUCCUUUUGCAGGUGGUUGCUUGUAUUUAUCUGAUACUAUAUUGAUAGUAAUGUUCUUAUGGAAAGUUCUUUGACUAUCUAUAUACAUAUAGGCUGCAUGUUUAUUUUUUGCUA